GCUCCGGCACCUGGUGAUUGCUGAGUAUCUCCAACGUGGGAAAGACCUGUGUUUACAGUAAAAGACAGCACACAGCCUCAUAGUCAAACAGCACACAGUUAACCAUUUGAUCACCCCACAUGUUAACCCCUUUCUGCCCAGUGUCAUUAGUACAGUGUCAGUGCUUUUUUAUUAGCACUGAUCACUGUAUUGGUGUCUCUGGGGAUGUCAGUGACACCAAGUCAGUUCCCACCAGUGUCAGAAUGCCUGCUGCAGUCCCACUAUAAGUCGCUGAUCGCCGCCAUUACUAGUAUAUAUAUAUAUAUAUAUAUAUAUACCACCAUUUGUAAACACUAUAACUUUCACAUAAACCAAUUAAUU